AUGUCGGAUGCGAAUCUCAGCAAUUUGAGCGAGUCGAUCGUGUCGGCGGGAGCGAAUCUGCUCGCCGCCCAGCGGACGAUGCUCGACAUGGAGCCCGAAAAGAAGGAGAAGACACGGUUUUUCAAGACACCGCGACUCGGGUCGAGAAGGAUGCGGAAUCGACUUGUACAGAAAAAUGGGAUCUGCAAUAUUGCUUUGAAGAACGUGCCAAAGCAAAGGCGGAAAUACUUUAGCGAUAUCUUUACGACGGUUAUCGAAAUGAAAUGGAGAUGGUGUCUUCUCUACUUUUCGCUCAACUUUGUCCUCUCGUGGACGUUUUUUGCGUUGAUUUAUUAUAGCAUUGCCAAUUCCCACGGUGACCUCGAGCCCUGGAACAUGAAAAGUACAAACUGGACGCCGUGUGUACAAAAUGCCGACUCCGAGCUCAAUUUCUACCUCUUCUCCUUCACCACGCAGACGACGAUCGGUUAUGGAUAUCCAACUGAUCAGUGUCCUCUGGUAGUGCUGGCGAUGAUGGUGCAAUUUAUGUGGGGUAUUUUGUCACAGACGCUCAUGGCUGGUGUGAUCUUUUCAAAGUUGGCCAGACCGAUCAAACGAGCGGCGACGCUCAUCUUUAGCAAAAACGCGGUAAUCUGCAUGAGGGACGGGAAGUUGUGCCUCCUCUUCCGAGUCGGAGACAUGAGGAAGAGCUCGUUGGCUGAAGCGCACGUUCGGUUACAGAUGAUCAAACGUUGUAUAACCUACGAGGGAGAGUUGUUACCAUUUCAUCAAUUUGAUAUGGACGUCGGGUAUGACGAAGGGUUGGAUCGAGUCUUCGUAAUAUGGCCCAUCACGAUAUGCCAUGAAAUCGACGAAAAUUCACCACUCUACGACGUCAGCAAGGAGAGCUUGAUGACGGCCAAAUUUGAGAUUAUUGCGAUAUUGGAGGGCGUUGUGGAAUCGGUGGGGUCGACAACACAAGCAAGGACCAGUUAUCUUCCAAAUGAAAUUUUAUGGGGGAAACGAUUCGAGAAACUGGUGCACUACAAAAAGAGAACGGGCAAUACCAUAUUGAUUUCCAAAAAUUCCACAAUGUCUAUGAUG